AUGGAGCCCGUCAAAACGACAGACAGCUCGAAUAGGCACUUGCAAAUCUUCAAUCCUACCCCUCAACCAACUGAGACCUUUCCGCUAUUCCCCCGCCUCCCUGCUGAGAUUCGCUACCUGAUUUGGGAACAAGCACUCAGUCAUGAGCGUCUUCUGCGAAUAAAUCUGGAGAGAAUCGCCACAGGCGAGAAGAAGUCGAUUAAGAACAGCGAAAAGACCCAACAUGGUCUACUCGAGCCCGGGCAUGGAUAUCAAAUUGUCUUGAAGGAGCGACACGCUAUAAGCAAGCUGUUUCGUGUCACCUCGGAGUCACGACGAGCCGCACUGUCUUUUUAUCGAGUUCGCCUACCAUGCCGAUAUGAGUGGUUUGAAAAUGCCGAAAACAAUGGAACUCUCUACUUGUGCCCCGAGUUAGACAUUUUGGAGAUCAAAACGGAAGAGAAUGGCUCUAAGACUUCAAAACCGUUUGCAAACUUCGCACACGACGUAUGGGCUCACGAUCCGCGGCGCAUUGGUCUUGUCAACCUCUCGAUACCUGCAAAAUCCCAUGAGCAAGAGCUACAUUUGUCCGAGGAAACACAAUCUUCACUACUGCGGCAAGUUAUUCGCAGACUGGAACUGGUCAUCUUUUCUCAGAGGCGCUAUGUUUGGCGGAUGUGCUACCCCGUUGCCUUUGCACACCCUGGGAACAGAAGAUUCAAAAUGAAUCGCUCUGUCCCAAUCACAUCGUCCGUCACUAGGUUUGAUAGGCUACCCACAGAUCCUAGACCGGUAAAGGAAGAACUGAAAAAGAUGCAUAUCGGGCAUUCCCUCCCGCAUCGCGUGGUCUCUGCUUGGUUCAAGCUACUCAGGAGCCUCGGCCUAGAGGAGGGCGAACGUAGUAUUGACUACCGCUUUUUGCUCAGCCACGAAUCUCGAUCCCUGCCAAAAAUAUGCAGCAGGAAGGAUGCUGAAAAAUGGGUUCAAGAUGAGGACAAGGAAUGGAAAGGCAUUCUGAAGUGGAAACGCGAAAGAUACAAAGAGUUGGCUAGGGAAGAGACACCAGAAGAACUGGCCGUGGCACCGCGACCCGCAAUAGGCUUCUGGCUGUUUCCGCUAGAGAGUAUUGGCGCCCUGCCUGGAAUCGAUAAGUGCCAACUUUCGGAGCCUCACGGAUUUUAUAGAAGUUUCUUUGACAUGUCAAAGUAUUCGCCAGAGCUGUGCUUAUCUCAGCUACCAUAG